UGGAUGGGGGACGCGGGGAGCCCACGGCCCCCAGGCAUAAAGAGGAACAUAGGGGCACCCCCACUUUGCAGAGCUCAGCAGUCCUUCCCAGAAGCGGGGAAGGUUGAAGGCAGGUUGGCGUGGGCGGAUAGGUGGGGCUGUUUUUACUAGCUCCCUCAAUGGAAGAUGCGCUCCAGAGUCUUGCAAAGGGAUAGGGAGGUGGCCCAGCCCCGGGAGUGCGCAUGCAAGGGUUGAGGGGAAGGCCUGCGACAACGGAGGAGGGGUGAGGGCUGGGCCUGAGGAUCUCCAGCUUGGUUCUGUUCCGGGUGCUUGGGUCUCUUCUCAGAGGGGUCAGAAUAGCAACUCAGUGGCCACCGGGCCUUGGAGACAAGCGCACGCCCCGCCCUUUCUCCUCCCUAGACCUGCGGGCUUUUGUUAUGCAGAUGGCGGCGGGAGGCUGAGCCACAGAAGGAGGGGUUGCUGGGGAAGGAGGAGACCGCGAAGGGGAGGGAGGAAAGUACAGCUCGCGCGACCAGCCUCCUCUCCCAACGUCACAUUGUGCAAGAGACAAAACCCGGGCGCGCUGGAGCUCACACGCGCACGCACGGCAGACGCCCCGGUCGCCUCCUCUCUGUUCUCUGCGCGGUAGAGAAAGCCGGCCCAGCUCUGCUUUGCUGAGGACGCGGAGCUCAGCCGGCGGCUCCCAGCGCAGCUCAGAGCCAAGCCAGGAGGUGAACCCAGCCGAGGGACCACCAGGAGGCUGCCUGGCCAGCUCGAGACGUCCGUCCCAUUCUAUCCCAUCCCCCGCCCAGAACUCUGAUCUUUUCCCACCCCACCCCUUGGGGUUUCACGCGGACAGCGCCCCGGGGAGCCCAGGGCGUGUCAACCGGUUUGGAAUCCACGUUUCAGCACUUCGGACAGCGCCCCCGGUCUCCCGGACUCCUUGGGCUUUUCAGGAUGGCGAGCCUGCAGCAGGGCGAGAAACAGCUGUUUGAGAAGUUCUGGAAAGGGACCUUCAAAGCGGUGGCCACUCCACGUCCCGAGAGCAUCAUCGUUGCCAGUAUCACAGCCCGAAAGCCACUGCCAAGGACAGAGCCCCAAAGCAGUCUCUUGGUCCCAGCCCAGGAUGGACCUUCAGAGAAGCUGGGCCAACAUCUGGCCACUGAGACCUUUGGUACCAACAGCUGGGGAAGAGAAAAGACCUGCAGGGAGCUGGGUCCUGCCAGAGCACACAGUGCCUCUCAAGACAGGGACCUGACCCCACCACCUUCCUCCAGGGGGAAAAAGAAAAAGAAGAAAUCGACCAGGAAGAAGAGAAGGAGGUCCCCAUCUUACAGCCCAUCACCAGUCAAGAAGAAGAAGAAGAAAAGUUCCAAGAAGCAUAAGAGACACAGGUCUUUUUCCAAGAAGAGGAGACACAGCUCCUGUAGCCCUAAAAGCAAACGACGGGAAGAGAAGAAGCACAAAAAACAAUCUCGAAGCCGGAAGUCUCACCGCCAUAGACACCACCGCUGCCCCUCGAGGUCUCAGAGCUCGGAACUCCGCUCCUCCAGCUGCGAGAGCAGGCACCGAGGUCGGUCUCCUGAGGAAGGGCGGAAAUCCCGCCGAACACACUCCCGCCACUGCUCUAAGAACCACUGCAAGGUCAGCCCAGAGGCCCGGUCCAGCCACCUGCCCAGCCAGCCCCUCCAGAGGCUUGGCUUCCUGUCAGCCAGGGGUGUAAUCUCUGGGUCGGGGUCUGCGGCUGACCUCUUUAGCAAAUCAGCCAGCCCGCUCACCGCCUCCCGAGGGCGCUCGCAGGAGUACGACUCAGGCAAUGACACAUCCUCGCCGCCCUCCACGCAAACCAGCUCAGCCAGGUCCCGGGGCCAGGAGAAGGGGAGCCCCGGUGGGGGUCUGAGCAAGAGUCGGGACCUCAACUGUGGCAACACUUCCGAUUCAGGGAACUCCUUCACCACCUCCUCUCCGCAGAACAAGGGGGCUGUUUUGGAGAACGUCUCUCCUACCUGCAGAAGCAGUGAGUCAAGAGGAUUUCAGUCUCCAUGUCUACAGUGUGCAGAGGUGAAGAAGUCUAGUUUGGUCCCAUCCACAGCCCGGAGCUCCCCCAUCAAAGAGUGCUCCCGUAGCUCCUCCUACACCAGCACUCGAUCCUCCAGUCCCUCUUCCCGAUCCCCAAACCACAGAGCCUCCCCCAGGUACACCCGGAGCCGGUCCACUUCCUCCGAAAAAAGGUCCUACUCUCGCUCUCCCAGCUAUUCCUCCAAGUCUGGCAAGAGGAGCCCGCCUAGCAGAAGCUCUAGGUCUCGUCGUAGUCCCAGCUAUUCCCGAUACAGCCCCACCAGGGACCCCAAGUAUGGUGAGAAGGAAUUGCAGCCCCGAGAGCGUGCACGCAGGAGGCGACGGUCCUACUCCCCCAUGAGGAAGCGCCGGAGAGACUCCCCAAGCCACCUGGAGGCCCGAAGGAUAACCAGUGCCCGCAAACGCCCCAUCCCUUACUACCGACCCAGCCCCUCCUCAUCCAGCAGCCUCAGCAGCGCCUCCUCUUGGUACAGCAGCAGCAGCAGCCGCUCCGCCAGCCGCAGUUACUCCCGGAGCCGGAGUCCCAGCCGGAGCCGCAGCAGGAGCCAGACCCGGAGCCGGACGCGGACCAGCCGCAGCUCCAGCUCCCGCAGCCUCAGCGUGGGCUCCCGGAGCCGCAGUCGGAGUCGGAGCCUGAGCUACAGCUCGGCAGAAAGCUAUGCCAGCACGAGGCGCUAAGCAAGGGCCCUCCCUCGAGCCACUGCCCACCGGGAAGACCCCUCUGUACUCUGCCAGUCUCCUUUACUACCUGCUCUUCACGCCCGCUCCCCGGUGACGGCUACGGAGGGCUCCUGACUCCUGUCCUCUGUGCUUUCCUGGGAAGGUGGGGCGGGAUACAGGGACUUCUAUUCCUUUGCCAAGCUGCUAGGAGCCUCUACCAGCACCAUCCUGAGGGUCAUCGGGGCCGACGGAGAGGGCCACCUGUGGAAAGCUAUGAUGGAUGACUCAAAAGUUUGAGCCUGGCCAAGACAUGUGGCGAUAUCUCUGUUCCACUCAGCCGCUGCUCACAGGAUACCUACUGGAGGCCAGGGUCAAUCCACCCCUGCUGCCCUCCUUCUCCCCUCCUUCAAUCUCAUGGCUGCACAUUUUGGACCCCAGUGUUAGGAAGAGAGGAGACCAAGGGUGAAGUCCGAGAGAAGAGCUCAGAGCUUUUUAACCUCCCUCCCAACAUGGGCAAAGGCUGGGAGCUCCUGGGUCCCGCUGGGAGAAAGCAGACAUGAGCAGAGGAGGUGGAUGCAAUUGUUGUUGGUAGACGUUGGGGAAGAUUGGAGAUGAGUUCUCUAGUUAUAGCAGCAAAGAAUCAAAUCAUUCGCCCUCCUAGUAUGUAAGCAUGGUCAGGGAAGGGAUUCCAGCAGGUUCCAGCUCUGUGGAGACCCUUACUCAGGGCCUCGUGACCCCAUGGGGAUAAGGAGACAGUGAAGCAGUCAGCGUGCUUUGGGCUACAGCCCUACUUCCCAAAUUUGCCUCAUCCCCAGUAGCUGGCACCAACUUGAUUCCACGGGACCAUCUGCUGAGCAUUCCCAGUGCUGUGGCUAGCAGCCAGUCCCCAGCGCCAGCCAGUCUGCCCCUGUCCUCCAGUUGGCGCCUGCCAGCCCCCUCCACGUUGCCCAGACAGCCACACCCUUGAUUCUACCCAGGGCAGGCUGGCACCUGCCGCCUCACAUGAAGACCACUCUCUUUGCCUCUCAGGAAUUUUGCCAGGAUGGGACGUUGCAUUUAGCUCAGUGUUGUGGGGAAAGACCCAAAUACAGAGAGCCUGUGACAGAGGGACUUGAGUGGUCCCUGGCUUGGGGGCUCCUGCAAGCUUAGGAAAGUCCAGUGGUUGUUGCUGUCCUCACUCCACCUUCUUCCUGCCCAGGGCUGGGCAGCAAGGGUAAGCUGCCCUCUGACACACAAAUGCCAUCAGCUGCUUUGUCUGCAGAAGACAUUGGGAACAGGCAGGCGAGAGAGAGAAAGAGAGAGAGAGAGAGAGAGAGAGAGAGAGAGAGAGAGAGAGAGAGAGAGAGAGAGUCCUUAAAAUAAACCCUCGGGCAUCCCCCUCACCACCUGCCUGGCUUUCCAGAGCCUUGUGGGUGUCAAGUGUGUGGUGACAACAGCUGAGCAGGCCAGGGCACACGGAGAGAGAGGUUGUUUCCCAGCUUUGGACACUGAAGCGUGAUGGACUCAAGGACACAACAUUAUUUAUCCCUCUUGCUCCAAGGUAAACAUUCGAGGAGGAAAAAAAUCCCCAUCUUAGAAGCAGUGACCUCUCCAUGCCAAUCUUUCCCAACCUGUCAGCCUGGGGGGUCCCGUGAGCGCCAGGGAAGUCUGUCAUCUCGUAGACAAGGAGGACCAUCAGUGACCCCACUGGCCUUCCCACCAUGGCUUCUUGCCCAGACCGAAACUCCGCCCACCAAGACUCAAGGAUGCCUAUGCUGGCACCACAAGAGGCCGAUGGCAGGUGCCUGGCACAGGAGUAGGUGCCCCAAGAGGGCAUGUACAGCAGCUGUAAAUAACCCCCAUCCCUGCCCGGGGCCCCAACUCCUCCUUGUUUCCCUCAUGGAGACAAAGGCUUCCGGGAGCCACCAAACCUCCUCGGCAGGACUGCUUGUGAGGGCACAAGAGCCUCUCUCGAAGACACUGACCAUUUUCAUUCAAACCACUCUAGGGGACCAUUUUGCCUGGGGCUCCCAGCAAACUUUUUAUUUAUUCGAUUUAUUUAUUUUUUAUGUAUUUAUUAUUUAUGUGAUGAGCUCUCUUUCUCACCAUUAUCAGUAUUUAAUUAUUUAUUUAUUUAUUUAUCCAGAGAGAUUGUCUGUCGUGGUCGGUGAUCAUGUGUGUAUUGGGUGGGACGGUCUUCUAAAUUAUUUGUGCUUUUUUUUUUUUUUUAAUCCUGUUGCCAUGGCUGCAGUUGGAGAGGCCAGAGGCAUCUUGGUCUUUUCCGUGAAUGCUCUAAGCCCUGAGCAUCUUGGAACUGACCCAGAAGCAUACAAGUCCCAAGGUUCAUUAUUAAGCUCGAUGCCAGUGAGGUUCGGGCCUGCGCCUCACCUCCUUGUACACAUGCUGCGCCACUACUGUAUCAGAAAGAUGAAGUCAGUCACAGAGUUCACGAGCCUAACUCCGAGGCUGACAUUAGCACGUAGCUACACAUAUUUAAAAGAGCCCUGAAGGACUCUUCGACUAACUGCUUAGAGUCAGAGUGCCAUGUCUUGGCCAGUCUUCAGUGGCAUCAGUGGCAUCCAUGAUAGAGCCAUGGCCUUGUGAUUGGGGAACCCUGUGGGUAAGAAUGGUUCAAUACUAGCCCAGCUCUUGGAGACAAGGUGUCAGCUUGAUGAGGUUUAAUUGAUGUUCACAGCCGGAGAGAAGGCAGGACUAACCCAGGGAAGACACUGUGCUCUUCUUGAUAACCGUAGAAGGCACCAACUCCUUCCUAUGAGCAAAACAAAAGGUGGGAUUCAUGUAAGUUACACCUGCGUCUCCUCCGGGUAUCUAAUUCCUCUCCCCCUAACUUUUGAGAUUGGAAAGUUUUUCUGUUUUGUCCGCAGUAGUAGACGUCACUGUUUUGUGAAGAGGGAGGGCAUGGGCCAUCCUGGGAGAGACCCACACAACCAGAGCAAACAUCCUUUUGCUGUGAUCUUUAGCUGUUCCAUUGGGGUAGCACAAAGCUGCUUCUGAAAUUGGAAAAUGAGAUGCAGAUGGAGGGGACAGCCAGAUGUCUCCCCCCCC